AAACCUUCUCUUCUCUGCUUAAAAAAGGAACUUCUUUUCCUAAGCAAAAACUAAUCUUUCUGCUGUCAAUGUAUUUUUGGCUUUGAAUUACUCUGUCUCUGCGGCUAAGAGAUGAAAUGGGUUGUUGUGAAACUUCUCUAAGAGUUUGGUUUCUAGCCGAAAUACACCUUUCUCUACCGAAAGAUGAAAGUGGUUGCUUCAAGACUUUCCCAAAAGCUACAUUUCCAAGCUUCAAUGUGUAGAACUAUUCCUCAAACGCACAUAAAACCCAGUUUGGCACAGCCCCACCUCCUUUUUAUCCUAAAAGAAUACACAGAUUCUCCCAAAGAACCAACUUUCUCACUUUUCAGUGUCCCGUUUUUCUAAAAGCAGCACCCACGCCUAUUCAAGCCAAAGAAAAAAACCACUCUUCCAGCUUUAAGCAACAGAAACCAUGGGAUGUGUUGCCUCCAAGCUAGAAGAAGAAGAAGAGGUGGUAUCUAUCUGUAGGGAGAGAAAAAGGCAGCUAAAACUAGCUGUAGAGAGAAGAUAUGCUCUUGCAGAGGCACAUUGUAGAUACUGCCAGUCUCUCUAUGCUGUAGCAGCUACUAUAAAGCUCUUCGUAGCUCGCCAUUCUUCACCAACUUCACCGUUUCUCAUCACCUUCCCUCCUCCCCCAUCUCCUACUGAACAAAACGUGAUAACGAAUCCAAUCUUUCUCCAACAAGAGCCAUCUGAGUCGACAACCCCCCAUGAAGCCAUUGCUUGUGAGUCUUGUGGUUCCUCAACAACUUCAGAUUCUAGUGAGGAAGAGACCAAAGAAGAAGAACAGAGAGAGGAGCAAGAUUUUGGGUAUUUUUAUAUGCAAACACAGUCACCACAGACAGAUUUUGGAUGGGAUUUCUUUAACCCAUUUGAUACAAUGAGGCCAGAAAUUGUAAGUGGUUAUGGGAGAAGUUCAGAUGAUGACUUGAGGGUGGUGAGGGAAGAGGAGGGGAUUCCAGAGCUAGAAGAAGAAGGGGAUAGGGAAGAAGAAGAAGAAGAAGAUAAUGGAAAAGCUGUGGUUAUUGAAGAGAAAGGGAAAACGGAGAUUGAGGAACGUGGGACUGGUGAGGUUAAGGUGGUGGAUGAAGUUGCUAAUCGGAGCCAAAGUGAGCAAAAGGGGCUUACGGUUAUUGAUACACCAGAGAGAGGUAGGGAACUAUUAGAGGCAUUGAAGGAUAUUGAGGACCACUUUGUUAGGGCUUAUGAUUCUGGCAAGGAUGUGUCAAGGAUGCUAGAAGCUAAUAGGGUUUAUUUGCAAUCUGGCCUGGAGGAAAUAAAAGGGAACUCGAGAAAACUAAUUCAAGCUAUUACAUGGCAUCGGUCCACUUCCUCGUCUAAGCCUUCAUCAUGCAAGAGUGUUGUGGCAUCCAUUUCUAAAAGUUCAUCAACUUGGACAGAAUAUAAGAAUGAUUUGUUUGAUGAAUAUGGCGGAAUGGAUGCAGGAAGCCAUUCACUAACACUUGGGAGGUUGUAUGCUUGGGAAAAGAAGCUCUAUGAAGAAAUCAAGGCCGGAGAUAGCACAUGGAAAAUUUAUGAAAAAAAAUGUUCUCGACUGAGAAACCAGGAUGUCCGAGGAGAUGAUGAGCUUGCGAUGGACAAGACCAGAGCUGCAGUAAAAGAUUUACAUGCUAGGAUCUUGGUUGCAAUUCGAAGUGCUGAGUCAAUCUCAAAGAGAAUUGAAAAGCUAAGAGACGAAGAACUGCAACCUCAAAUAGUAGAACUCUUGAAAGGCCUAACUCACGCCUGGAAGAUCAUGUUGGAAUCCCAUGAAACCCAAAACAAGAUUCUUUUUGAAGUAAAAUCUUUUGCCUGCCCUACAUAUGGAAAGUUCUGCAAUGACUCUCACCGGCUUGCAACGCUUCAACUUGAGGCUGAGAUUCACAAUUGGCGUGCCUGCUUUACCGAGUAUGUUGCAGCACAAAAAGCAUAUGUUGAAGCUCUCCAUGGUUGGUUAACCAAAUUCUUAGUCCCUGAAGUUGAAUUCUGCUCCAGAGGCAGGAGUUCAGUGGCAGCAUAUCGAGCCACAGGCCCCCCAUUACUUAUGAUCUGCCAUAAUUGGUUAUCUUCGAUGGAGAACUUACCAGGUAAGGCAGUAUCAUAUGCAUUGAAAAGCUUUUCAAAGGAUGUAAGGGCGUUGUGGACUCAGCAAGGGGAGGAACAACAACAAAAGAGGAAAGUUGACAAUCUUGCAAAAGAAGUUGACAGAAGGACUCUGGCAUUGCAAAAGACUGAGACUAGGUUUCUUGAAUCCAAGCUUAUAGAAUAUGAAACCAAUCAGGAAUCAGAACACCUUCAUGACCACUUGACAGAGAAGAAAGAUCAGUUGGACAUAAUUAGAAAGAAGCUAAACACAGAAAAGGAAAAACACCACAAUUGCAUGCAAGAAACACAAAGGAUGACAUUAAGUGGAUUUCAGACAGGAUUUUCGACAGUUUUCGAGUCCUUAACAGAUUUCUCCAAGGCUUCUAUGAAAAUGUACAAUGACCUUGUGAACUGCAGUGAGAGUGCUGGGAAAAUAGAUAACCAAUCACAUAUAGAAGGUGCUCAGGGUGAAGAAAUUGGCAGUAGAUGACAAGAAUAGCAUGAAUGCAUUGCUUGUAUGUUAUAUGAUGGGGAAGCAGCUCGCUGAGACAUUAAUUUAUAUUUAUAUAUAUAUAUAUAUAUUUUUUAAACCAUGGAUCACUAGUUGUUUUAUUGUGCAUGGAUGUUUGUUGCCUACAUUUUUGCUGCAGAGACAUGAAAACUUCCUGAUUUCCUGCAUCUUUGUUAACGAGAAGAAAUGCGGGUAUGGGAAAUUCAAGUAGGCACUCCUUUGUAAUUAUUUAUACUGCAGUGUUGAAUGCUGCAGGGUUUUUUUUUGGUAA